AGGGAAACUAAGCAUAAAGGAAGGAAAGAAAGGAAGAGAAAGGAAAAAAUAGCGAAAGACAAAAAACAAGAAAAGGAAAAAAUAGCGAAAGACAAAAAACAAGAAACGGAAAAAAGAAAAAAAAAACAAUUGGUAAAAAAGAAGGAAAACAAAACUACUACUACUACUACUACUGGAGGUCACAUCAAGGUCAUCGGAGGUCACGAGGUCAAGAUGAUCACCUGGCAAUUAACAACGUUGCUCUGGGCAGCAAUCGGGUUGAGACACACCACCAGGGCAUCGCCGAAUCUAGGAACCAUCACAGCCCCUCUUCACCCACCGCCCCCUUCCCUCCCAGCGCCCACCCCACCCCCCACAAGGCCUCCCGUCCCUCGUGAGCAGCUCUACGAGGCCGCGGAAGACAUGUGGGCGAAGGCGCUGGCUUUGAACACCCUGGCACCGGAGUUUCAGGGUCAGAACAACACGGAGAUUUUGGCGCAAGUUGGAGGCGAAGCGACGUUGAGUUGCUAUACGUAUCAUUUGUCGGAUGAACGGGUCGCGUGGCUCAAAAAGGACGAUGACCAGCUGCUAACAGUGGGCCAGGAGGUGUACGCGGCCGAGCAGAGGUUCUCAGUGGUGCACACGAAUCAUGACGAGGCGUGGGAGCUCUGGGUGAAGGACGUGGCCCUCUCGGACGCUGGUCAGUACGAAUGUCAGCUGACCACCAACCCAACCGUCUCCUUCUUCUUCACGCUCGUCGUCACCCAGGCCGAGGCGGUUGUGACAGGCCCGGGGGAAGUUCACAUCGAGGAGGGGUCGCACCUGUCCCUCGAGUGCCAGGUGAAGAACGCUCCCGUGCCGCCUGUCUACAUCUUCUGGUACCAUAACAACACCAUGGUUAACUACGCCAGGCAGCAUCACCUCCAGGUUGACCAUCAGAACUACACCAGCACCUUAGUCGUGGCGAGGGUGCGGAGAACCGAUGCCGGGACCUACUCCUGUCAGCCACACCUCGCAGCGCCCGCCAAUGUGACUGUCCACGUGGUAACAGGUGAGCGGCCGGCGGCGAUGCAACACGGGGACACUCACGAGGAGGGCAGCACGGUAACAAGCGGCCAGGUAGACACAGGUGCUCUCAAUCUACCUGUCCUUGUUACGAGUUCCAGCCUGGUUAUGUUGGUCUGGGGACAGGUUGCUGGGGUGGGUGGUAUGCGUUGAUUGUAUGUGUGUUUGUGUGUGUGUGUGUUUGUGAGGUUGGUUUAGACAGGUGUUUGAGGGUAAGGUAUGUGUGUGUGUGUGUGUGUGUGUGUGUGUGUGUGUGUGUGUGUGUGUGUGUGUGUGUGUGUGUUUGUGUGUUUGUGUGUGUUUGUGUGUAUGUGUGUGUGCGUGUUGUGUUAUCAUUACUAUUACCAUAAAUGUACCCUAUCCCUCCCUCUCUCUCUCUCUCGUAACAACAAACAAUAAGAAGAAUAAUAACAAGCUGGGUAACUAUGUGCAUAUAUGUAUGUCUGUAAACA